AUGGGAGCCUUAGCCCGGGAGAUGACAAGGGCUUUAAGGGAGUCCAUGAACAUUUUGAGGGCGGAGAACCAAGCUAGGGAGAACACCGUAGAGACAAGGGCGAGCUUCCUCACGAGGGAAUUUCUACGGGCCAAACCGGAUGAAUUCCAUGGUGGCCCCAAGCCAAAGAAAGAAGAUGAAUGGCUAGAACAGACCGUGAAGACCUUCGAGAUGCUUCACAUAGAAGACAGUGAGCUUAGGGUGACUCUUGCGAGUUACUAUCUCAAGAGGGACGCAGGCCAAUGGUGGAAGUAUGCCAAGGGCCGAAUUGAACCAACAUGGGAGGCAUUUGUGGUGACCUUCCAAGACAAGUAUCUUCCUCCCACGGCUAGGGAGAGGUUGAGGCAGGAGUUCCAAGACCUUAAGCAACUUAAUAUGUCCGUGGCCGAGUUCGAAGCAGCCUUUUCUAGUUUGUCCCGGUUUGCACCGGAAUUGGUAACGACGGAAGAGCACCGUUGCAUUGAGUUUGAGAAGAAGUUAAGGACGAAGAUUUUGUUCAAGGUUGUCGGAAACAUGAUCCGGAAUUAUGAUUGCCUUGUGGAGGUGGCUGCACAUGUAGAGAUUACCAUAGAGGCCGAGGAGGAGAGACUUCAGAAUUCGAGGUCUAAGGGCCAAGGGUCACAGGGGGACUUUAGGCCCAACAAGAAGAGCAGAAACACUUUUUCAUCCCAGUCUCAGCCGUAA